GAGGAACAUAAUGCUGUCUCUGAUAGCGGCAGGUAGGCUAAUUAAGAAUCACAAAUCAGGGCAGAGACUCGUUUAUUAUUUAACAUUCGUAUAUCUAGUUCGGCCAAGUGCCUCCUAAAUUACAAAACAAGAUCAUUAAAUUAAAGACAUCCAAGACAAAUUCUAGAGGGCCACAAAAAAAGGAAAAUAACUUUACAGUUAGUUCUUAACAGGUUUAUACGCUUUCCACUACACAGUCUACCACUCUUUAAAUCCUCAGCCAUCCUUUCACAUUACCCUUCGGAUGUUCAGUUUAUGGGAAGUCGUUCGGCCAAGCAGAUGUGGUCCCCUAAGGGUAACGUGGUACCAUUGAGGUCUAGGUUGGCUGCCUUGCUAGUUGGUCAGGUGCGCUGACUUAUAUACAAAUCUGGGUGAGAAGCCAAGCGCCACUCUUGUGAUUGUGCUCCAACUGUCCAGGUCGUCUUGGCGAAUGCUGAACAUCUGGGUUUAUAAUGACUAAAGGGAACGUGGAUGUAACCGACUAGACGAUCGUUACAUCGUGGCUUUUUGUGGGUCGUUAACGCACAACUGUCCAUUGACAGAACGCACGGAUCGGAUCGAUUUGCAAGCUGCUAAGGAGGGCACUAGAUUCUGAUCAUUUCACUGAACAGGCUGCCAAUUUUUCCGUGAAAGUGACAAAUCAGUUGCUGCUUGCAAUCCACUUGCUACAGACUGAUUAGCACCCUUAUGUCAGAGGUCAAAGAGAUGGGCCGCAAGUUGGACUUGUCGGGGCUGUCGGAGGAGGAGGCGCAUCACGUGCUGCAGGUGGUGCAGCGGGACAUGAAGCUGAGGGAGAAGGAGGAGUCGCGCCUCAGUGAGAUGAAGCAGGAGCUGGACGCGGAGGGCAGCCGGUGCACGCUGCUGUCUCGGCAGCACAGGUUUAACGAGCGCUGCUGCAUCCGCUGCUGCGCGCCCUUCACCUUCCUGCUCAACCCCCGGCGGCCCUGCCUGGACUGCCAGUACAACGUGUGCAAGGGCUGCUGCACCUACAGCAGGAGGGACAAAGCCUGGCUGUGCGCCUCCUGCCAGAAGAGCAGGCUGCUGAAGACCCAGUCCCUGGAGUGGUACUAUAAUAAUGUGCGUCGGCGCUUUAAGAGGUUCGGGAGUGCCAAGGUGCUGAAGACACUGUACAGGAAGCACGCUGCCGAGCAAGGAAAUCUGGCAGAACUAACAGAGGAGAGCACAUAUGCGGAGAGCACCGGCAAUGAAGGCAGUGUGUGUGACAGUGACUCAGCGUUCUACAAGCAAAUCGAAGAGCACAACAUGGCUGACACAAUCACUGUGGCACUGCGGGUGGCGGAGGAGGCCAUAGACGAGGCCAUCACCAAGGCCGAGGCGUACACCGACAGCCAAGAGAAACAGAAGGAGGCCCAGUAUCUGCAGGAGAACCGGGAGGAGCUGAUCGAGGAACUGGCCACAACCAUCGUGCAUAAAAUUAUCCGCAGGAGGAGAGAUCUCUCGGACAUGCAGGGGGAUUAUAACCUUGAGUGGCCUCCCGAUCAGGACAGCGAGCUGCUGACGUCCGAGGCGGAGACCCACAGCAGCCUCGUCAACUCCACCAGUCUCAAGUCCUCCCUCUGGAGGUCCCGUUCGGCCUUCUCCCUACUCACCGACGGAACCCCGGACCCGUUCACGGAGCCGCAGAACGUAGAGGACACCCCUGCUGCGCCGCCCGGGCAUGGGCUGAAGAAGGACGGCCUGCCCAUCAAGCCCACCUGGAAGAGUGUCGACAGGCUGGACAACUCUAGCGCGUCCGCAGUGCUGCAGAGCCCGGACGGUAACUGGAUCGCCCAGCAGAGCACGCUGCUGUCCCGGCCCAGCCUGCUGGCCAAGCGCAAGAGCCUGGUGUUCAGCGUGCUGGAGAAAGAGUCCGGCGUGGUCUCGGCCUACGACCGGAUGGGCUCCGACACCGAGGCCGAGCCGGACGGGGCUUGGGGCGCCCUGCUGGAGUUCCGCCGCAAGAUGAAGACGCAAGGGGAGACGCAGGAGGAGGAGACGCAGGAGGAGGCCAACACCGGGACGGACACGGCGGGCUCCGACCUGGACAGUGCCGCCCCGAUGAAGGUGGGCAUGGACGGGGCCAGGCUGAGGUACCACAAGCCCCUGCUGUCCCUGCUGAAGAAGAGGGCGUCCCUGGUGCAACUCCACGCUCCGCCCCUCCGCCGGCCCAGCAUUAUCGACAUGAACUUUAACCCCGACGCGGCGGACAGCAGCGAGGCGGACGAGGCGCAGACGGUGACGCCCACGAGGACGCGCAGGAGGAGGAGGAGCAGGAGGGAACACCUGGACGACAGCACCCAGCUGACACCAUACUCCUCCUCAGUACCGGAGUACAGCACCCUGCCUCUGGACGAUCUGGUGAGGAUGCGCAACAUGAUGCAGGAGACGCCGCCCGUCCUCCUCACGUCCGACGACGGGAUCACGUCGGACACCGAGACCCCGGACAUUCUGAGCUCCGGCUACAUGACCCCCGAGCCAUUACAAUGCCAACCGGGAGACAUCAUCUACAAGACCCCGGAGACCACCAAGACCAGAAGAUCCCUGGACCAGGAGCUCACCUCCAGGUUACAGAAGUUGGCCAGCAAAGUCUCGCACUUUUCCUCCACCGAGGAAGAGCUGGACCGACUCGACGAGAAGAUGAAGCGGCAGGACGGCAGCUCAGAGGAGAGUGAGGCAGAGGGCAGGGAGAGCAGGGCGCGAGAGGCCCUGUGGGACAUGGAGGUAGAGGGGGACGGGAACACGGGAGCCGAGGGGGACACGAGCAUCAGCGGUGACAGGCUAGCCGAGAUGGACAUCGACAUGGAGGAGGUGAAGGAAGAGGGGCAGAAGUACAUUCUGUCAGUCAGAGCUAAGGUGCAGGGCAUCGGGGAGAAGAUCCCGACGACGGCGAGGAGUCAGUCUCGCCACAUGAGCCUCGCCUCGGUGGAGCCCACGUGGUGGGAGUCGCUGAGCGGCCUGUCCGGGGGGUCGCGGGAGGGGAGGCCACACGUCCGACACACGUCCGAGACGGAGUCCGAGGGAGCGAGCAUAGACGAGAUCCUGAACGACAUGGUCAGGUCGUCCGAGAUCGAGAUCGAGAAAAGCACAGAGGCCUGGGAAAGGGUGGAGUGUAAAAUCGAGGCCAUGGACAUCGGAGAGGACAAGGCGGAGGAGGUGCGGGCGACGGGGGAGGUGGAGAGAGACAAGCGAGGGGAGGGAAAGGAAAGUUGGGAUGACGCCUUGAGUGGCAAGCGGAAGGGCAGGGAAGGGAACGUUGAGGCGCAGACAGCCAAAGGAAGAGAUGGUGGGGUGAAAUAUGACGGAGACAACAACAGAUUACUUCCGUCUGUGUGGCAGAGAGGGGAUCAGAACAAGCUGGGUGGGAAGCGUAAGAAGGCCCACUCUGAGAAGGAGGUGCUAGCGAAGGGGGAGAGGAGAAGUGAGGAGCAGGAGCUCAGGGGAGGAGCGCACCAAUCGAACGCCAAGCCAUGCGUGGAACAGAGGGAGCCGCUGGGAAGGAGCCAGGUCCAGGAUGGAGGGGUUUCAGAGGGGGCGGCGGCGGCGGUGGCGGAGCAAGACACCUGUCACGAGGUGCAGAGCGAGGAGGAGUCUUUUACCUUCAGGGCCGUCAGAGUUCAUCUCGACAGGCCUGAGGCGAGCGAGAAAGGCUGUCAAGAGGAGGGGGUGAGGAAGAAAAUGGAGGUCAAGGAGAACCGGCAGUCUAGGGGAGAGGAAAUACCUCCACAGGAGAAAAAAGCGGAGAAAUCUGGGGAAGAGGAGAGGGAGAGCGUAAAGAUGGCCACCGUGAGUGACAAAGUGGCUGGGGACGGCGGCGCCAGAGGGUUCCUUGAAGAGAGCUCAUCGUCCGACCCGAAUCCGUACCCAUCUCCGGACGACAUUAAAAAAGAUAGGUAUGGCCUUGAACUAGAGCACAACCUGCAAUUAAUCUCCAAUAUGCUCCAGCAGAAAUACUCGGCUGCAUCGCUGCGCAGCGUCACCACAGAGAUGCUCCGCGUGCUGAACGCCACCGAGCAACUGAUCCAGGGGGCGGAGGGGAGCGUCCAGGAGCCAGUGAGGCCCUCGGCCAGCAGGCCCUUGCCCAGCCUCUCCCCAGGCCAGAGCAGGAAGCUCAACGAGCAGCUCAGCAAGCUGGAGGAGAAUGUGUAUGUGUCUGCAAGUACGGUGUACGGCCUGGAGGGGGAGCUAAGUGACCUGGAUGCAUGUGCGCGCCGCAUAGGCCAGAGCACCACCGAGAGAGAGCUGGCACAUCUGGAGGACCAGGUGGCCUCGGCCGCAGCCCAGGUGCAGCAGUCAGAGCUCCAGGUCACUGACAUUGCUGCAAGAAUCAGAGCCUUGAAAACAGCGGGUCUGAACGUUGCGCCUCAAACACGUUUGUUCAAAGCUGGGAGCCCUACGCCCAAGACACAAACCAUAGACACAUCGAGACAACAGAGGAGAAGACUGCCUGCGCCUCCCACAAAAGAGAAAGAGCCUGCUGACAUUUGAAGCUGUCUGCAACAUGUCCAGCUCCUGACGCACUCUGCCCAAAGUUCAAGACCAUCUGCACUCCUGUGCCUUGAAGCAGUGGAGCUCUGUACUGACGAGUGGAGAGAAGUGAUCACUUUGCUAGACUGUUUCAUCUUGCCAGUGCAAUCUGUAACGAAUACUCUUCGCCUUAAAUCAAUAGACAGGAUGUCAAUGACACUUGAACUACUACUGACAGCAUUGUAGACCAGUAACAUUGUGGACAGGUAAGAGCUGUUUGAAAACAAACAAAAAAAAGAAGAUAAGAAAAAUGAAAAGGUUUUGUAUAGAAUGUUUAUAAUGUGCAGUUUUCUUUUUAAGAAAUAUAUUUUUUAUUUCAGUGCAAUUUUAUUUACACUGUCUAAUAUUGCUGUGCUACUCCUGAGUCCUAAGAUUGAACCUCUGAAUGAAAAAAAAAAACACUCACGUCACAGCCUAAGCAAUUGUGUCAGGCUGCUGUGAUUCAUCUAUGUGUGAUUUACAAUCAGAGAAAAAAAAAUGAUCCUCUCUCUCUCUUGAUAUUGACUAUCAUCUGAUGGUAAACAUUAAGUAGAUACUUCAGGGGGUAUUUGUCCAUGUAUUAAAAAGGCUAUGUGUUUGUGUGAAAAAACAAAACAAGUGUGAAUCCUCACUGAAUGAUUUCCUCCCCAGAGCUCAUGGACCUCUGAUCCAGGUCUUAGGUUACCAGUGAAGGUGAAAUGAUAUUGAAAAAUACUUAAUUUAUUGUGACUGUAAAAUAAUAGACCUGAAUAAAUGUUGCAUUAUUUAAUAUUCA